UUUAUUUCAGUUGAGAUUGAAACGUUAAAACGUUAAGUAGUGUUUUUCGCCGUGGAAAAUAAAUGUUUUAAACAAAUAAUAUUGAUGUGAUUUUUUUUUCUCAAUAUUUACAAAACAAUUAAAAUAAGGUGCUCUUUUUUGUUUAUAAAUCAUUAUUAUUACAUUAAUAAAUAUUUACCAAAUAUAAAAUAAAAAAAAACAAACACAGUAAAAGAAAACCAAAACAAAAACAGAAAACAUGUCUUACACUGCCACCAUGGAUAUAGAGAAAAAUAUUAGUUCGGAAAAUUCCAAUGCAAAUAUGAUGACAGUAGAAAUACCUGUCAUUAACCCGUCUGCUAUACAAAUCGAAACGACUACGAUUUCUACGACACAAACACCACCCCCAACACCUGCUGAUACGGUUGAUUUUAAAACGAAGUCAUCCUCGACACCUUUAGCCCAAAUGGAUACCGUGGAACCACAGACACAAACACCACAACAAAUGCAAUCAUCAUCAACGACCACCACAACCAUGACCAGUACUAAAGAUAAAAUGGACACGGAUCCAGCAUUGGCUAAUUUCAAAGUAUUAUAUGUUUUAACCCAAUUAUGCGGUUUAACAAUGAUCGUUUUAAUGGGCAGUUGGAUCGGUGUACAUAUGGGCGGCUUGGGUGGUACCAAUAAUCCAAGUUUAGAAUUCAAUUGGCAUCCACUACUCAUGACAAUCGGUUUAAUAUUCUUAUAUGGCAAUGCCAUUUUGGUAUAUCGUGGCUUCCGUUCAACGCGCAAGAAGGCAUUGAAAAUAACACAUGCCGCCAUACACAUGGGUGCAUUCAUACUAACGGUUAUUGCCCUCAAAACCGUAUUCGAUUCACAUAAUUUAGCCAAAACUCCCAUACCGAACAUGUAUUCGUUGCACUCAUGGUUGGGUCUAUCGGCCGUCAUACUUUUCUGUUUGCAAUAUGUUGUUGGCUUUGCGGCAUAUUUAGUACCAGGUGCUAAGGAAUCAUUGAAAGCUGCUAUCAUGCCAUUGCACAUAUAUUUCGGUCUAUUUGGUUUUGUAUUGGCAAUCGCUUCGGCUUUGAUGGGCAUAACUGAAAAGGCGAUAUUUUCAGUUGCCAACUAUUCAAAUUUACCCAGUUCUGGUGUUAUGGUUAAUUUGUGUGGUGUUUUGUAUAUCGUGUUUGGUGGUUUGGUCGUUUAUCUGGCUACAAAUCCCGCUUACAAAAGGAAACCUAUACCCGAAGAUACCGCUUUGUUAACAAAUGGUGCUGAAUAAAUUGUUUUUAUGUUUAAACAAAUAUAUUUUAAUUUAAGUUUAAUUAUUUAUUUUUUUUUUGUUUUAGUUUUAUAACUAAUAUUUUUAUCA